AUGCAAUGCAAUCGUAUAUUUAUAAGGUGUUUCGAAGGCGCAGAAGAAUAUGAUAACUCCCAAAUACCAAUGAAGCAGCUGGAAGAUUUUGUUAUCGAUCCUGUAACUGGAACUGGUUUUUUGCAAGCAAGUGGAAUACAGAUCGAGCGGCGCCAGUAUAUAAAACAUUGUUCCCGUGAUUCGAUUCGUGUGCGGCAUUUUUCAUUUGGACAACCUGAAAAAAAGUUUCGUCUGCUAAAUCAAUCCGUCAACGUCGCACGAAUCGCCACCGCACUUCGUACUGUUGCACUGGACGCUUAG